AUCGCCGAAAUCCGUUUAAUGCUAAUCUGGCAACCCCGAGCCAUUUUUCCGCUUUCUUUAUUGUCCUCCCUCUCUUUAGCCCUUCUUUUUCCCUCUGACUUCUUCGCCUGCUCUAUAGCGUGGUGGAGCUGUCAGAGCCCGAAACGACACAUUUCUUAGUUUAAAGUUCUUUCAUGGUCCUCGAGGUUAUAUACUCUUCUGAUUGUUAGUGUCUCCUCUUCCUACAUUGUCCAGUCGCCACCUUGGCUCUAAGACUAUUCGCCAUUCUCUGGCCCCCCCCACGUGAUAAUCUGUCCAGCAUUCUGAUUUGGGUCUGAUUGUGUCUGUCUGACUCUUUACAAUCCUUACGAGUCACUCUCUUCUUAUUUUGUGUGUGUACACUCCCAGAAACCACACGUUGUCUUUGAAUACAAUAUUCAUUCAUCCAUCAGCCUACAGUCAGACCACGAGAAAAUUUAAUUCAGGGUUCCAUCAAGGGAACAUUUGGUCCUUCGAACUGGAGUGUGAGUCACCUCCGAUAUCUCCUUCUGGAUCUCCAGUAACUCAAAAUCCAGCCAGCCGAGUCCUCUCCAGCUGACUGCCGUCUCAAUUUCAAAUUUCAGCCAGUCGAGCCCUCUUACUGGCAGCUAUACUCAGACGAGUUUCGUCGUACAUCUCCCUUCUUCGUCUUCGUCAGAGCUCCACAUCAACCUCAAGACCGUCUUCACCAUGGCCACAAAGAUCAAGCCAGGAGAAGAUGCUGAUUAUGACGAAGACUACGCCGUUGAGCUGGCAAAUAUGAAGGCGAAGAGGAAAACCCUGCGUCGUCAGAUCACGGUGUCAAACACACAGGUCGAGACUCUGACUAACUCCAGAGGCUCACGGGGAGCCAUUCAAGGUUUACUACGCCAUCUCAACGACUUAAUACUCCGAGCCUCACAGCUUCAGACCGACAUCUCUACCAUGGAAGAUGACGAGGAAGAAGCCGAAAGACAAGACGCCAAUCACUUGGGUUAUGUCACGCGUGUUGGUGAGCUGUCUGCCAACGCUCAAAAUUAUAUCAGGAGUAGAGAUGGAGAUGCAGCGUCCAUUGUUGGACCGAACGUCGUUCCGGAUCGAGACCCACCUCUACCUCCCGUUUCUCCAUCUGAAAUUCUCCGGCGAGAGCAAGCUCGUCAAGAGGAAAUUGCAGCCACUCGACUGAGAGCUGAGAGAGCCCGAGAGCAAGCUGUGAGGACCCGCCAGCAAGCAGAUCAAGCAUGGGAGGAAGCGGACGCAGCACAAGCUGCCCUUAGGCUACUCGGCGUCGAACCUCCCGGAGGAUCGAUACCACCAGAUGAUGACCAUUUCACUUCCAUCAGUCAACAGAUCAACAACACCACUCCGCUAGCGAAGACAUUGUUGGAUCAACAACGUCAGAAGAAUCUCGAUAGCACUCAAGAAACUCCUGACACCUGGAUCGAUCUGUAUAGUGCUGGCCGUCUACCUCCUGUUAUCACUGCUCGUAGUACACGCUCAUCAGUAUCGGCGGAAUUGGAACCUUUCGACGGAAAGGCUUUGGAGUGGUUUUCCUGGAUCGAUUUGUUUCGAGCAUUGGUGCACGAUACCCCCAAGUCCCCCGGAGAGAAGUUAGCCCUUUUAAAGAGAUUUCUCCGAGGAGACUGUUUGGACCUGGUAUACGGACUAGGAGGUGGUGAAGCAGCCUACAUCGAGGCCCUGGUUCGGCUGAAGCAGACAUGUGGCCGCCGAGACGUCAUGAGAGCAGCACAUCACCAAGCCAUCCAGAAGUUGGAGACGAAGCAAGAUCCGGCGUCAUUCAAGAGAUUUGCCGAACGUAUCCGCACACAUUUAUUCGACCUUAGCCGAAUUGGAGAGACGGGGACGACGGAUUUGAUUGAGAAGAUUUGUCUCAAAUUACAUCUAAACGACCGGUUGGCCUGGAAUGAAGACAGACGGGGACGGAUCGAAGAUCGAAGCUUGAACACCUUCGGAAUGUGGCUAUGUUCCCGUGCUUCCGCGUAUCAGAACGCUUUCAGCAUCGCAGCCGAUCAAGUCAAUCCAACUUCGUCAAAACCGAGCAAUCAACGACGCCAAGCCCGGACCAAUCAGAGUUCAGCAAAGAUGGCAGGUGAACAAAAACAAGUUUCUUUCCCCUUCGCUGGAAAACCGUUCUGUUUUAAAUGCGAGAAAGGACACAGAUUGCCGGAUUGUGAAGAUUUUAAAUCACUUUCCGUCGGGGAGCGUCUGACUUUCUGCAUGCGCCGUCGUCUUUGUUUCAGUUGCUUCUCGACUAAACAUUCAGUUUACGAAUGUGACAAGCGAAAGCCGUGUAAACACUCUGGUUGCGGCUAUUACCAUCACCCGCUGUUACACCAUGUUGCCAAGGAAAAACCGCCGACAGAAACCGAAGAAACGGCUCGACCUACAACCGCAAGAAUCGGAGCCCCUCGACAAGUCACCAUGGGUAUGCUGCGUCUUCCAGUGAUGGCUGACGACGGAAGUUGGGUGUUAGCCAACAUCUUCUUCGACGAAGGUAGCGAUUCAACUCUAAUGCGAAGUGCCUUCGCCACGGCCCUGAAACUCCGCGGCCCACGUCAGAUCUUAGCUGUGGACGGAGCUGGCGGAAUAAUCAACCGCUAUCCAUCGACCAGGGUCCAGUUUCGAGUUCGAGCGGCGGAUGGCAAUAUCUUCUCUCUAGAAGGAUCUACCAUGAAAACUGUAGCCAGCCCUACACCCAUCACCGACUGGAACAAGGAGAAGUCUCAUUGGUCUCAUCUUAAAAACCUUCCGCUCGGCGAAACAGGAGGAAAGGUCGACGUCUUGAUCGGGCUAGAUCAUGCACACCUGCUGGCCGUCCGAGAUUCAAGAGUUGGUGAAGAAAAGGAACCUAUCGCCUCCAAGACCGCCUUCGGAUGGGUCGUGAGAGGAGUCGUCAAUGGACGAGUAAAUUCGGCUUCCGCCCGUAGCUGCAAGAUUUCCGGAUUUACUUCCUUAGCCAACCUCGCUACUGAAAUGCGCCGAUUCUGCGACACAGAAGAUUAUGGAACGGAGCAUCAAGUCGGCUGCCUGUCGCCCGAGAAUAAACGCGCUCUCGCAAUUGUCCAAGAGAAAACCAGGAGAUUGGAAGUCGGAUACGAAGUGCCGAUCAUAUGGCGAGAAGGAGAACCCGACUUGACCAACAAUCGUCCGAUGGCCGAAAAUAGAUUCCGUAGCAUGUUGAAUCGAUUCAAACGUCAGCCAGAAUUCGAAGAGGAUUACCGAGCAGCUGUCCGGAAAUACUUCGACAAAGGUUACGCUUCCCGUGUUCCUGAUCCAGCUACCGCAAAAUACUUCCUAGCCCAUCAUGGAGUUUACAAAGGAAAGAAGCUACGUGUGGUCUACGACGCCGCUGCCCCGUUCAAGGGAAAAUGUCUCAACGAUUCGAUAAUCAGUGGCCCAGCUCUUCAACCAUCUUUGGCGGCCGUCAUCACUCUUUUCCGAGAGGGAGCCGUAGCCUGGGCGUCCGAUAUCGAAGCCAUGUUCAGCCGCUUCCGGCUUUCCAUCGAAGACCGGGAUUACUUCUGUUUCCUAUGGCAGGAGAAAGACGACAUCGAACCAAUUGUUUGUCGGAUGGACCGACUUCCUUUCGGAGCCAGCUGCUCCCCUUUCGUGGCCAUUUAUGGAGUGCGCCGCAUCCUGAAGGACACCGGAGCACCAGACAAGGUGGUUUGUGCCGUCGAGGAGAAAAUGUAUGUAGAUGACUAUUUAGGAUCCGCAACAUCCGUUACUGAAGCAGUUGAAGAAGCCGUCACAGUCAAAAACUCCUUGUCCGCUGCUGAUCUCAAUCUUCAAGGAUGGAUCUCAAAUUCGCCGGAAUUUUUACUGGAGGUGUCGAAGACCGAUCGGCCGGUAACAGCUACACCUUCCGCUCAUCCGCUCACCAGUGAGAGCACAGAAAAGGUUCUUGGCGUCGUCUGGGACACCAAUUCUGACACUUUAGGAUUCCUAGUAGCCAAAUCAUCCGACGCAGCCCUAACUCGCGUCAGUCUGGUCAGCAAGGUAGCCGGUGUGUUCGACCCGCUUGGAACGGCUUCGCCGUUGAUCGUCAAGGCCAAGAUUCGUCUAAGAGCAUUGGGUCUCAAGGGACUCGACUGGAGCGACGAAAUUACCGGUGACGACGAGAUUUGGUGGCGUAGCUGGUUCAUCGCUUUGGAACAACUUAACACAUUGAGGAUGCCACGAUGCUUAUUUCCGGAAGAAGCCCAAAUCAUCGACGCCGAACUUCAUACCUUCUGUGAUGCUUCGGAAGAGGCCUAUGCUGCAGUGAUUUAUCUUCGCGUCCAAUACUCCGACGGUCACGUUUUGGUUCGACAGGUACGAGCAGCGAACAAGCUCGCGCCGAUGAAGACGAUUUCCAUUCCCAAACUCGAGCUCAACGCAGCCCUGUUGGGCGCUCGCCUCCUACGGACCGUUCACUCAACCCUCAAAUCGAAAAUCAAGGGACGGAAGCUUUGGACAGAUAGCAGCACCGUCCGAAACUGGAUUCGGGCCACGGCGGCCUAUUAUCAAAUAUUCGUCAGUAACCGGAUAGGCGAGAUCCAGACAAUCACCCAGCCUGAAGAAUGGCGAUUUAUUCCGGGAAAAUUAAAUCCAGCGGAUCUGGCCACCCGCUCCUCCCUGGACGAACAGCCCAUCCCACCCGUUUGGUUGAAUGGGCCGGACUUUUUACUUCAGUCUGAAGACCAUUGGCCACCCGAUCUACCGUGGAUGGCGGUAAAGGAGGAAAUCCGCCCGAGUCGCUCCUAUACUGCUGUGGUGGAGAAAUCUGCUGACCGGUGGAAAGAAAUCCACAUUGGCCCCGAAGAUGUUCCAGCGCUCUCCAAAUUGGAUGAAAAAUAUCUGGAGCUGGUCCGGUUGUGCCAAUCUGAAGUUUACGAAGAGGAACUACACCGAUUCAAAAAGGGCAAACAGCUUCACUCUACAUCCAGUUUGCUGGCUUUGGCCCCUAUUUUAGGUUCUGAUUGUGUGUUGCGACUCGGAGGACGAGCUGGACGCGCAAAGUUACCUUACGACCAGCUGCAUCCCCCCCUUCUUCCUGGAAGCCAUCCGUUCACCGAAAUGAUCAUCCGCGCUUUCCACGAACAUCUCCAACACGUUGGAACGGACUUUCUGCUCAGUUACAUCCGUCAGCAUUUUUGGAUUACCAGCGGAAGAGAAGCAGUGAAAAGAGUCCGUCGCAACUGUACCAUUUGUCGGCGCAAUCGGGCCAAGCCAGGCGAACAAUUGAUGGGAGACCUUCCCGAUUCACGGCUCGAUUCCGGCUCUCUCCCGUUUACUCGUACUGCCGUCGACUUAUUUGGGCCAUUUGAGGUUGGCCUUGCCCGAAACCGAACGACUAAGCGUUGGGGCGUGUUGUUUACCUGCAUGGUCACCCGCGCCGUAUUCCUGGAGCUCGUCCCGUCGCUCUCAACAAGCGAUUUUCUGUUGGCCCUACGAAAAUUCAUUUCUCUCUACAGAAAGCCCGAGGUAAUUCAUUCUGAUAAUGGAACCAAUUUUGUCGGUGCCGAAAGAGAGCUGCGGGAAGCCGUCGAAGAAAUGUACGCGUCCCAGGCGAUCCCAGAUUUCAUGAAAGGGGUCAGCAUCAAAUGGACCUUCCAACCGCCUCGGACACCUCAUUUUGGAGGCGCCCACGAAUCGUUGGUCCGUUCCACCAAGAAGGCGUUAUACAACGCCUUGGAGCAAGAAAAGAACAGCUUCCGUCACCCGACUGAAGAUUUGCUCAGAACAUUAUUGUAUGAAGUAGCCGGACUGCUGAAUACCCGACCGUUGACUUAUGCCAGUUCCGAUCCGGCGGAUUUCCGCCCGUUAACGCCGAACGAUUUUCUAAAUCGGCCGCCAACUGCAUAUCCACCAGCUGGAUCAUUUGAUGACGCCUCCCCGCGAGAACACUACCGCUAUCUUCAACGAGUUCUGAAUCUCUUCUGGGAUAUGUGGAAAACGGUGUAUCUGCAGUCGUUGGCAUCCCGAAAGAAGUGGAAAGUGAAACGACCGAACCUGGAGGUGGGCGAUAUCGUUCUCGAAGUCAACAAGGGAUUUGGACGUGGUGAAUGGAGCAUCGGCCACGUCGCAAAGGUCUACCCAGGUGCAGAUGGAUGUGUCCGAGCCGUUGACGUUCAACUCCCAACGGGAAUCUUCCGCCGCGGGAUUACAGAAUUAUGCCUGUUGGAAUCCAUCUCGUCCGUCAAAACGGACUCGGGGGAGGAUGGAUCGCCGAAAUCCGUUUAAUGCUAAUCUGGCAACCCCGAGCCAUUUUUCCGCUUUCUUUAUUGUCCUCCCUCUCUUUAGCCCUUCUUUUUCCCUCUGACUUCUUCGCCUGCUCUAUAGCGUGGUGGAGCUGUCAGAGCCCGAAACGACACAUUUCUUAGUUUAAAGUUCUUUCAUGGUCCUCGAGGUUAUAUACUCUUCUGAUUGUUAGUGUCUCCUCUUCCUACAUUGUCCAGUCGCCACCUUGGCUCUAAGACUAUUCGCCAUUCUCUGGCCCCCCCCACGUGAUAAUCUGUCCAGCAUUCUGAUUUGGGUCUGAUUGUGUCUGUCUGACUCUUUACAAUCCUUACGAGUCACUCUCUUCUUAUUUUGUGUGUGUACACUCCCAGAAACCACACGUUGUCUUUGAAUACAAUAUUCAUUCAUC